AUGGAUUAUGCUUUUCAAUUAUCAUCAAUAAUGGUGGAAUUGAAUCUGAGGAAGAUUACCCUUACCGAGUUCUUGAUGGCAGAUGUGAUUAGAAUCGAGUACAAGAACGACACCAUAAUCUGCAAGGAGGUCUUCCUCACCCCCGUCGUCCUCAAAGAGUGUCGCCGCAUCGUCGCCGACAGCGAGACUUCUUCGUUUGCUGAUAUAUUGUCACACAAUGUAACAGAGCAAGGGCAACCCAAUGAGGGUAAAAGCACUAAAAUGAGGUCUGGCUGUACCAAACUGGGCUCGUCUGAAUGCUGGCAGGAAGGUCAGCAAUGCUUGAUGAGCAUUGGUAUUUAUGGGGUCUUGAAGGACAAAGGGAUGAUGGCACCACCUGGAUUGCAAGGAGGAAAAAUUUAA